AUGGAUCCCCAAAGCAACAACCCUUCCACCGAAGACGCUUCUGCCAAGAUGCAGGAUAUUGACAACAAGAAGCAAGAUUCUACCAAUGCUUCUGGUCCCACUGAUCCUGCCGACCCUACGUUCUUCAGUCUCUCUCUCGACGAGCGUCACAACAUCUAUCAUCAGCUGCUCGACCCCAAGGGCAAGAAGACUCUCGUCGUUGAGCCUCCAAACUCGAUCAACACCAUCAACAAACUUCUCAAAAUCUCGCCACAAGUCCGCACCGAGGUUGUGGCUCUGAUUGCUACAGAGACCACGGCUCUUGUCCAGGCUGGUCUUUACUACAACCUGAAGCUUGAACCUCACACCGUUGCCAUCCCCGACAAGCCCAAGAAGAAGAGCAAGAAGUCAAAGAAGUCAAAGAAGCAAAACACAACCACGGCCCAGUUUCCCGAUGACCUCAAGGUCUGGAAGAUGGUCAUCGUCGUCUUCACCGCAGAGAAGUCCAUCAGAGUCAAGGCUCAGAUGGAUUUCAUGGAGAAGUCUGUUGUGGUCGACCUUCCUGGCUUCCCUGCAGAGAUCUUCUCUUCCAACUAUUGCGACUAUGUGUUUGGAGACUUUGAAGACGCAUUCACCAAGGCUAUGAAGACGUUCACUGGCAAGGAUGGUUUUGACGGCUUCUUGCUCAAGGAUGUUACUGAGUUGCUGCACAAGGUUGAGAUACCUUGUCCCAAGCACUUCUGGGAUGAGGAGGAACUGUUCGGUAUGGAGUAUUCGGAUGAGUGGGACGAGGACGAUGAGUGGUGA